UUUUAUUAAGAAUGAACAAGAACAGAAAAGAAUUGCAAAAUGAAUUCAUAGUAAAAUAGAUGCAUGUGCUUCCACCCUAUGGUCAUAUGUUGAAGUACAGCACAUCAGACAGUACAUUUACAAAGUCAGUGCAAUAAAACAGUCUGAAACUGUUUUUGUACAGUGAUCAGUGAGGUCCGGACCCCAGAAACACUUCUCUCCAGUAGUGAGCCAUGUCUUGUUUCAUGAUUGGAUUUCGAUAUAAAAAUACAGUUUUUCAAAAAGUACUUAUAUUUGCAGAUAAUACAUACUUUUACUCAAGUAAGGUUUUGAAUGCAGGUCAGUAUUUAACUAGUGAUAUUGAUGCUAUGUCAGAUGAGUUGCCUUGCAUGUGCUGUUGGAAAUAUUAAAUAAGUUCACGGUAUAUUACUUGAUUUGGAAGUGUAGCAAAUAACUACAUGCACAUUUGUACACACAAAACACCUUGCACCCCCCUUUUUUUUUGUUGAGGAGCCAAAACCUAAGACUUCUACUACUAAAAUUUAACGAUAAAAUAAUCUUGAUUCAGAUUUCCAACUGAUAGAAUAAAAUUCAAUCAAAUGUAAUAAAUUCAGAAUCAGCGACAGAUGAUGAAGGACCUAGCUGUACAGCCUUUAUGCCUUUAUGUAGUGCUCAACGGAGAGAGCAGUCUGUCAUCUGUACCUUCAGACCUUUCUAUUGUCCCACCUGCUAUGACUAGUGCAAUGAGUAACUCAGGUUGAUCAGCUGAUAUCCUGUUUUUCUCGCCCGGGCAGAUACAGGAAGUCACAGCGCUGCUGCAGAAGAGUUUUUUUCACUUUUAAACGGUGUGAAAACGAACAAGGUGGUGAAUCACACUCAAGAGUUAUGGACAGACUGAAGUGUGUGCUGUUGGUGCUCUGCUUCCAAAGCUGCUGGCACCUGCUUCAAACUCUGGAACAAGUGUUGUGGUCCCCAACAGCUGCUCUGCGUUUUGUGGGGCUUGCGGACUGGGGCGGCGUUCCUUUCCCUCCAUACUACACUUCUCAUGAGGAGGCCGUUGCCACAGAGGUGGACCGGCUGGCUCGGACGGAGGGGGUGGACUUUGUCCUCAGCCUGGGAGAUCACUUCUACUUCAGUGGGGUCAAGAAUGUGGAAGACCCCCGCUUUAAGCACACAUUUGAAAGGGUUUUCUCUCAGCCCUCUCUACUGGAUAUCCCAUGGUAUCUGAUUGCUGGAAACCACGACCACAUGGGCAAUAUCUCAGCUCAGAUGGCUUACUCUAACACGUCCCACCGAUGGAAUUACCCAGGUCUCUACUAUGACCUCCAAUUUACUGCCCCACACACAAACAUAUCAGUGAGCGUCCUGAUGAUUGACACUGUAGUGUUAUGUGGAAACACCUACGACCAACCCCAGCCUUCAGGACCAGAGGACCCCAGAGCAGCAGAGGAUCAGUGGAACUGGAUCAGGUCUAAACUGGCCAGCAGCAGGUCAGAUUACGUUCUGGUGGCUGGUCAUUAUCCUGUGUGGUCCAUUGGCCAUCAUGGACCAACAUCCUGUCUGGUCAACAGACUGAGGCCCCUACUGAAGAAAUACAGAGUCACUGCCUACCUGUGUGGCCAUGAUCACAAUCUGCAGUUUAUCAAAGAGGAUGAUGGGAGCUCAUAUGUAGUCAGCGGGAGUGGGAGUGUCAGCGACCCUGCAACCAGUCACAGGGACAGUUUCCCUCUGUUGUGGCAGCUCUACUCCAGUCCUGUCAAUCACACAGUGGGAGGACUUGUUUACUUCCAGGUCACUGAGCAUCAGAUGAGGGUCAGUUUCAUGCAGACAGAUGGGAAAUGUGUCUACCAAGCAGAGCUGCCAGCACGCACUGUCUGAGGCUCCUCAUCAGUCUACAGUUAUGUUCUGUUAAAAGCAUGAUCCAACCCAUUCUCCUCUCCUGUUCCCUCAGUUUCUUCAGUAUGAUAACUGCCUCCUAUAGGAACAAACUCAUACGUAUCACACACAGCACCUCCAAAAUAAUUGGUCUCCCCACCCCCAACCUCUCAGACCUCAACAACAAAGCCAUCACACAAAGAGCACACAAUAUUGCACCAGACUCCAGGCACCCCCCUCACCCCUUCUUCACAUUGCUUCCAUCAAGCUGCAGAUACAGAUCCCUGGCCUAGAAACAGGCUCGCUAUGGCAAGAGUUUUUUGUCCCUUCUGCCGUAGCAAUGCUCAACAAAGCACCUUGGUAGCCAUCAUGUGUAAAUAUUAUGUGCUGUUUUUGGAUGGUUAUGUUGUGUAUGUAUUUUUGUGAGGUUAUGUAAUUGUAACAACAAAUUUCCUGGAAAGGACAAUAAAUAAUGUCUUAUAAUAUAUAUUAUUAUUUGACUACUGCUACUUAA